AGUGUAAUUUGAUUAACCUACCAACUUUGCAGUUAUUAAUAAUUCAGUAGGUAUUUAUAUCUCCAAAUUUUAAUCCUUUCGUGUAUUUGAUGGCUAGUAGAGAUAUACAUUUGAGUAAACUUUUGUCCUGGCUUCUUCGACAUGGAGCUGUGAAAGAAGGACUACCUAUCCGCACAGACGGCUAUAUGAAUAUAGAGGACUUGCUCAAUCAUAAAACAAUAAGAGACAAGUUUUCUCUAGAGGAUAUAAAGAGAGUAGUUGAAGUUGAUAAUAAGCACAGGUUUAGUCUUCGUUAUGAGAAGGAUAUACAAAUAUGUGCUAAUCAAGGACACACAAUAAAUGUUGUGACAAAUCUAGAGUUGUCUCCAAUUUUGGGAACAGAAGAUAUUCAGCUAAUUCAUGGAACCUAUUUUAAAAAUUGGGAUAAUAUCAAGAAUGAAGGCAUUAGCCGCAUGAAAAGGAAUCACAUACAUUUUUCCAAGGGUCUUCCAGGAGACAGGAAUAUUGUUAGUGGUAUAAGGAGUGAUGCAGAAAUAUUUAUAUACAUAAAUCUGAAGUUGGCUAUAUCUGACAACAUUUUAUUUUACUUGUCAGUCAACGGUGUUAUUUUAAGUCCUGGAAAUGAUAAGGGAAUUAUCGAACCAAAGUAUUUUUUGAAAGUUUGCAAUCGGUUUGGUCAAAUUUUGUGAUUUCAUACCGUGUGUUUGAGUAGGAUAGGAACUGUUGAAAC